GUCACUUAUCUAUUUCCAUAUCUACAGAGUGCCAAACGUUCAGGUGACGUCACUGGCCACACAGCCGCACGCGACACUGCUGCCGACGUGGCGCGAGCUCGAGCGGAAGGGUUGCGCGAGCGCGACUGUCAGCAGAACUGAGCACCAUGUCGCAAGAUGAGACUGUGGAAGACCUCACUGCAAAAUCUCCCCCUUCCCUCCACGCAACUGCCUCUGAUGAAACUGCCCCCAUAGCUGCAGUCAGUACAGAUGAGGUCCCGUCUUUAUCACAGCUUUCACUAAACACAACGACCCCUGACCCAACAAAUGCAGCUGCGGAAGAGCACGGUACAGCCAAAAGUACUGAAGAGAAGCAGGUACACCAAUCAGAAGAAAACCCUGAGGGUCAGGUGACUGAAUGUGUGGAAUCAGUGAGUUUGGACCCAGAUGUUACACAGGAAGAAGCACAGGAAACAGAGCCCCUGGAUGAGUCUAAAUCUAAAGGCUGGAGUAGUUGGGGCUCCUGGGGGAAGUCACUUCUGACCACUGCUACAUCCACUGUGGGUCAAGGGUUAAGCUCUGUAAAAGAGAAAGCAGGUGUGGCGUUCCGAAUUCGUCAGAGCUCAUCAUGUGAGGAGGCAGAAGAGGCCCAUGAGCAUUCUGAGACAGAGAUGGCAGAACAUGUACAUUCAGAGGAGGUGCACAGAGGAGUACUGUCAACCAUCAGCAGCGCUGUUCAGAACACUGGAAAGUCAGUAAUAACAGGAGGUCUUGAUGCUUUGGAGUUUAUUGGAAAGAAGACCAUGAAUGUCUUGGCAGAGAGUGAUCCAGGCUUUAAAAAGACUAAAAUACUGAUGCAGAGAACUGUCUCUCUUUCUCAGAUGUUAAAAGAAGCAAAGGAAAAGGAGAGAGAGAGAAUGAGCAGUCAGAUGGUCACAGAACCAACCGCCCACUAUGGGAUCUUGUUUGAUGAUUACCAAGGCCUGUCUCAUCUUGAGGCACUGGAAAUUCUUUCCAAUGAGAGUGAAGGAAGGGUGCAGGAAUUCUUGUCCUCUUUGGAAGAGGAAGAUUUGGAAGUUCUGAAGAAGGAGCUUAUUGCGAUUAAAGAGAUCUUCAUCACUCGUGAGGAGGAGGAAGCUGAUGCCAUCUCAGAGGAAAACGGUGAUCUUAAUUCACAAAUUCAUUGUUCCACUCCUCUCUCUGCUGAUGGAGAGGAGUUUGUCAGCGUUCUUACUGAGCUUCUCUUUGAGCUCCACGUCGCUGCAACUCCAGACAAACUAAACAAAGCCCGUAUAAAAGCUCAUGAUUGGGUGCGAGAAGUGGAACAAUCCCAGGAAGUUGUCAAGAAUGUAGAGGAAUCAAAGAAAGAGUGCUCCACCCCGUGCACCGCUCCAGAAAAGGGAGAACAAAAAGAAGAAGAAAAGAAAGAGAAGGGAGAAGAGGGAGAGAACGAGAAAAAUAAUACAAAAGAUGUAAACUCGGAUACUGUUGAGAAGGUGUAUCUGUCAUCAGUGGGCAGUCUUGCUGAAGUUACCGCUCGUAGUAUAGAACAGCUACACAAAGUGGCUGAGCUGAUUUUACACGGACAAGAGCUGGAGAAGCCAGCCUGCCAACAGGCCAGUAUACUGGUCAGGUUAACCAGUGCCAUGUGUAAGGAGGUUGGAUGCCUGGCCCGAAAGUUUUCGGACACAUUACUGGCUGUAGGGAAUCAGAGAAAGGCAGAAGAAGUAAAUCCUCUAGUGGACAGUGUGAUGCUGGAGGGUUGUAAUAGCACUACCUACAUCCAUAAUGCAUUCCAGCUGCUGUUUCCUGUUCUUCAGGUCUCACACAUCCAGACCAGCAGAACCGCAGUCAAGCCAGCCCCAGAACCAGCAUCCACAGAAUAGUGCCUUCGUUCUGUUUGUGUGUGUUACUGUCUGUGUUUGUCUGUAUCUGUGUAUUGUGUUUAGGUAUGUUGCUUCAAUAUGAGAGCUUAAACCAAAAAAGUGCAAUUCUAGUCUAUAUAUAGACUCUUACAAAGAGAUAAUUAAGAAAAUAAGAUUGAAACUCCUAACUUAUUUAGGAAGCUGCUUAAUUAUGUAUCAUCCUCUUGAUACUAUGUCCAUUCUUUUUUUUUAAGUUACUUUACUGAAAAUGAAGAUUAUUAAUCAUGUGUUGCAUUGUCUGAGCAGAUUUGGAGGUCCAACUGUCAUUCGCCUAAAUUAAUCAAUCACUCAUACACAAUACUGUUUUUAUUUUGAAUAAAAUGGACCAAGAACAUAAUCUGUAAUAUAAAUGAUAUGACACUAAAGACUGAAAUGAUCAGUACA